CCAUUUUCUUUUCUGUUUCCUUUUAAGAGAGGUUGUUUUCUGAGCAUAGUUUCAAACCCAAAGCAUUUCCUGUUCCAAUUAGCCCCUGGUUUUGCCAUUUCUUAUAUAAUGUACAAUACCGUGUUCCCUUUUUCUUCGCUUUCUUCAUCCAAAUUUCACUUCUUAACUGUUGCACCUCUUUAUCUACUUAUCCAUUUCUUCUUCUUCUUCUUCUUCAUUUACAAGUACCCAUCACCAGCUUUGAUCUUGUCAAUCUGUACUACGAACUAAAUUUAAACCUGUAGUGUAUUGUAUAUUUGUAGUGCCUUUCCUUUUGGUGGUUGUUUGUUGGGUUUUGAUUAAUUUCAUGAAUCCAAGUUUGCAACCCUCCUUAAAUCUUAAUCCAUUCAGCUAGGCAUUUUUUCAAACGAAUUCCUACAAUUUUUUCUUGGUGAGUUUGUUUUUUCCUUUCAUUCAAUUUAUUGUACUAGAAGUAUAGAGUUGUAGAGGUCCACGGGUAUAUAUUGGCGUUACAUCGAUGACAAUUGAAGCUGUUGUUGAUCCAAGAAGAGACCCAGUUGGGCAGCACGUACACAAGGUUGGGUAUGCCAACCGGGUUAUCAAGAAGAGAUGUAAACGAAGAAUCAAUAAGCGUUCUGAAGCAAAAGUUCCCAUGGCACUGCAGGAGCUGUAUGUAUCAUGCAGAGAAGUUUUUAAAGGCCCUGGAACUGUUCCCUUGCCUCAUGAUGUGGAGAGAUUAUGCCAUAUACUUGACAAUAUGAAGCCAGAAGAUGUUGGGCUAAGCAGCAAGCUGCAGUUUUUUAAGACUGAAAAUGCGGUGAAAGGGACUCCAAGGGUCACCACCACCACCAUAUACAAAUGUGAUAAGUUUUCGUUGUGCAUUUUCUUUCUUCCUGAAACUGCUGUCAUUCCUUUACAUAACCAUCCUGGGAUGACGGUUUUUAGCAAGCUUCUACUGGGGACAAUGCACAUCAAAUCAUACGAUUGGGUUAGCACUAGCAGUGCAGAGGAAUCUGGACAGCCUUCUCAUUUGAGAUUGGCGAGACUGGUAACGGACAGUGUCUUUAAAGCUCCUUGCAACACAUCUGUAUUAUAUCCAACGACUGGAGGCAAUAUCCAUCAGUUCACUGCCAUUUCACCUUGCGCAGUUCUUGAUGUGCUCGGACCUCCGUAUUCUGCAGAAGAUGGCCGAGACUGCUCAUACUACAAAGAUUUUCCUUAUGAUGCCUUCUCAGAUGGAAAAAUGGAGUUGACAACAGAGGGGGACUGUUGUGGAUGGUUGGAAGAGAUAGAGACGCCAGAGAAUUCAGAGAUGGAUGGAAUUGAGUACUUGGGUCCACAAGUUGUAGAGAGUACAGACUAAUUGCUAGCUUGGUUGGUUGUCACCUUUCGACAAAAUUUUUUAUUUUCUUCUCUUGAACUAUCAAAAUUUUACGUUUCACAUGUUACUACUAUACAUAUAUAUUUUUUUAUAUAUAAAUGUCUUUUCUUGA